GUCCUCCUGAGGUGGGGUGUUGUUGCUGGGGUUUGUUCCUCAGCCUCAGAGAGACUAGCAGGGGUGACCUGCCUGCCUGGCUUCCUGCCUGCUGUGUCAGGACAGUGUACUGUAGCUGGUGGGCUGGGUGCUCCUCUGUCAGGGUGGGUGCGGGCCCCUGGGUCUGGGUCGACGUCGUGGCUUCUUCUCCUGAGAGUGGGAUCCUCAGUGUGUCCAGAAUGAACCGUCCGGCUCCCCCCGUCGAGGUCUGCUACAAGAACAUGAGGUUCCUCAUCACACACAACCCCACCAACGCCACCCUCGACACCUUCAUCGAGGACCUGAAGCAGUAUGGUGCUACAACAGUGGUGCGUGUGUGUGAGGUCACCUACGACAAGACACCUCUGGAGAAGGAUGGCAUCACAGUCAUGGACUGGGCCUUUGAUGACGGUGCCCCUCCGCCCACUAAGAUCGUAGAUGAUUGGCUGAACCUGCUGAAGACUAAGUUCCGUGAGGACCCUGGCUGCUGCGUGGCGGUGCACUGUGUUGCCGGGCUGGGACGGGCUCCUGUGCUGGUGGCUCUGGCUCUGAUCGAGGGCGGGAUGAAGUAUGAGGAGGCAGUUCAGUUCAUCAGGCA